CAUUAACUAGAAUAUAAAAGUGAAAGUGCAUUCCAGAUACAAAUUUCCAGCUGGUCUGGAACAAGGAAGGAUCAUGUCAGUGUGAGAAGCAGGACCGGCCCGAUUUAAUCCGGAAUCUUUAGAAGGAUAUCCUUGGCAAUGAGUCCAAAAUGGACCACGAAAAGAAACAAAGAGCUCAAAUCUUCGAAGGAUUUAUUAUUUUCUUCUUCCUGAUCUUCCGUUCAGAAGCAGUGUUACAGAUCAUUGAUAAUCCGUCACACGUAGAAGCAGCGCUGGGACAAGAUGUGACGCUCCCCUGUAUUCUAACUGACAGUGAUCAACCAAUACUGGACCUCGACCUUCUAACGGCUUCAGUACGCUGGGAUAUGACAUUAAAUGGCACUGAGCAUACAGUAUACCUACUGACCAAUCACAUUUAUACAGUACAUAGAAAUAACUCUAAAAUAGAGGAGAAUGAAUUCAGAAGAGGCAUCGCCAGUCUCAGUAUGCGGGACGUCCUGGAAAGUGAUGAAGGGGAGUACACCUGUUCUGUUUAUGUGACACCCAAUAAAUGGACUGCCAAAAUCAAUGUACAGGUGUCAGCUAGACCAGCUAUUGCUCUAACAUUCUAUGAACUUACCGUUGAACCCGACCAUGAGAGAUCUGUUGUGUGUGAAGUCGGCAGGUUUUACCCCAAAUCUAUUACAAUAAGAUGGUUUAAGUCCAGCAAAGGUUCCAAUGACAGAAGAGCUCUGGAUAAAGACACCUGCAAUAGUGUGCCGGCUGAGAACAGCGAUGGGACCUUCAAUGCCACCAGCCUCAUAGUUGUAAAACCCUCCAGCACAAAAGAAGAUGGAGAUAUAUAUUCCUGCAUUGUGAGCCACAGAUCCUUCAACAAUAAUGAUGAGGAGUUGAAUUUUACUCUGAAGGUUAAAGAACAGCCCACCACCUCUUCGGUGAUCCCCAUUACAAUUUUUGUUAGUAUUGUUGUUUUCUUUCUAUUGCUUGUGGCGGCAGCACUCUGGAUAGUAUUUUUUUAUAAAAAAGCUCCACAGAUUUCAAGCAUCACUGGAGCAGAAUAUUUGGUUCACAUGAAAAGAUCCAACCUGAAUUUGUUUAUAUUGGAUUUUAAACCUAAAACCGUUACUAUAAAUGUAUAUUUGAAGAGAGUCAAUGAUUCUGAGAAGCGUCAGAUCUGCUCAUGGAAAUCCUCUCGAGAGAAUCCUCAUCAACAGAAUCGCGCUGAAAAUGAUGAAACCCAACCUUUUAAUAUAGAAGAGGCCGAUAACAUGGAAGCUAAACUGGAAUCUCAGAGCCCAAAAAGGUCUUUAGUUUUUUACAGCUGCCCGUGUAUUCUCCAAAUAACUCCAAACAUUGAGACCGAUGAUGGAGCAGAACUGACCAUAGAAGUGCAACAUGCUGCUCUGAUAAGUCCCAUCUCACGACAAUGUACCCUAACGGUGAAUGGAGAUUGUCUCAAACUGUCACACGUUAUCACCCCAAAACACCCAACCCAUGGUGAAGAGGUGACGCUUACAUGCAACAUAACUAAAUACAGCCCGGGACCUUUACACAUUACAUGGAGGAAAAAAGACAUGAUGAAACAGAAGCCGACUCAGGAUAUCUAUAAGAAAGGAGAGACUUUGGAUGGCAGAUAUUCACAUACACCUCGAGAACAACAGGAGGGUCGUGUCUUCAGUUAUUCCAGCUCUCUGACCUUCACAGCAAAUGUUAGCGAAGAUCAUGGAAAGAUCUAUGUCUGCCGGGUUUAUUAUCCUGCAUUAAGCCAAAAUAUGCAACUGACCUUUGACUCCUAUGUAAGAGCUGUACCGGUCCUGGAACCAAUAAUAUCAACACCAGCAAUACCUUCUGCUGGUCAGCAGAUGGAGCUCUCCUGCAAAAUCCUCAGAUUCCAUCCGCGGGAGCUGACCAUAGAAUGGUAUAAGGAGGAUGAGUUGGAGCCACGCACAGGGUACACAACAAGGGUUGAUGAGCAUGGCCUCUACAACGUUGUGUCCACUUUGGAGCUCACCUUUAAAUUGGAGGACCUCGGGAAGAAGUUUAAGUGUAAAGUUGGCCAUGAGAGCCUCGAAGAUCCAAGGAUCCUAGAAUGGACGUUGACUUCCCUGAAGAAACAGCUAGACCCCGAACAUGAUGAAGGACUUGGAGCCACCAUGAAAAAGGAGGAAUAAGAAGAUGAACACAAAUCAUUACCUGAGCCAUCUUCUUUAUAACUGAUGAAUGCGGCACAAUCUCAUCGAUAUAUACCAGGGGUGUUUUAAUGGGAAUAGAAUGUAUCACCGCACAUAGUGGUCAUGUGGAUACAUAAAAAAUAAUGAGUGUGCCACGUCCUAAAUACAUUUGAAAGAGAAAAGACCUAUGGGCAAGUCAUGGACUUUUUAGGCACUAUAGUCUGGUAAGGAUAUAGUCAAAAGAAGGGGGGGUUUUAGUUUAUCUUAAAAAAGAUUUAUUUCAAAAUGUAUACAUAUAAAAACCCAGUUUCCUAGGAACUGUACAAAAUCACAAACUUAAAGCGGAGUUCCGGCCACAAUUUCACGUUUUAAAUUUUCGAGUCGAAAUGCCGCGUCGGGUAUGCAAAU